GACCCGCUUAAGCUUGUUUGUACAACAAAACAGUCAACCCAGUGACGAGCGUCGUACACAGGCUGGUAUUUUUAAACGGCCAGGAUAUUUCCGACUCAGAACGUUUUAAGAUGUAAUCUUCUACCACGAACAUUGUGGUAUCAGGUAAGGGGACUGGCAAACUUACAAAAACAGACAAUUUAACGAGUACAAGACUCCCAGAUCAGUUGACAUUAGGUGUGGCGAGCGAAGCACUAAGUUACGUGAAUCGUAGUCACGCAGGGGUUCAGCCCUCGCUAUUUAAUCCAAGGUUCAGGCAGUCUUGAAGAAGGACGGUUUAGGUCAUAGAGAGAUCUUCGAUGCGGCUGCAACCAUGCCAGGUUGCUGCGGGAGUGGUGGAGAGGAGAGGACCGGGAACUCACAGAGGAGGAGGCGGCGAUGGGUGCUGGUCACCGCGCUCGUACUGAUCGUCGUCGGCUGCUCGGUCUGCGUGAUAACCGUCAGCGUGACCGUGUCGCAGGGAAAACAAAUGAGGUUUCCGUACGAGGGGAUGGCUCUGUUGGCUAUAGGUGUUGGCAUGAUGGUGGUUCACUCGAACUGUGGGGUACAGAAGAUUAAUAGAAGAGUCCCCCGUCGGGAAAACAAUGGUCUACCCGACACAAGAGAACCUCAGCGGCCACCAGACGCCCCUCCAGCCUAUUGGACUGUAUUCUCGCUAUUCAGUUCCAACGAAUCACCCGACAGUACUGUGCCUCCACCGACAUCAGUGGAAUCUACGUCACUCCCGGGCAGAACCGAACAACUUCCGCCGGUCACGGUCGUAGUAAACGAGCAGUCACCCCCACCACCACCGUUACCGCCUUUACCGACACCUGCAGUACUAGAUGUUUCCGCACUGGUCUUGCCUGUGAUGUCUACGUCACCGCUGCCCUCGUCACCGCCCCCAUCAUACCCCGCGAGCAGGUGUGACCCGGAUGAACAAAAUGGCGGCACGGAGGAUUUCAGUGACACGGACUCGCUUCCUCCAGAAUAUGACGACAUCACAGACAAUAGUAGUGGUAAUGUUGAAUCAGUCACUACGCGCCUGUAACUUUCAAUCUGUAUACAUAUACUGCAGCAGUAUAUUUUUAAGUAACAGACAGUACUUAUAAUUACUCGCAUGAUGCAUUGAGCCGUAUUAUAACAUGUUAUAAGAGUUACUUAUCAAUACCUAAAAGGAAUAGAUACCAAUAUUACUGGAAAAAGUGGCAAUAUGUGUUCAUUUAUUUCUAAACUAGUUACGUUUAGGCGUUACAACGAUAUAAUUUCGAAAACGCAUUUAAAAGAAGUCCUAAUUUCCAGAAUAGAGUGUAAUAUGUUCCUAUACAUUUUGUAGACAUUAUUAUAUCAAGAAGUGAAAGAUGCGCAUUAUUUCAUUCUGUUGGUAUCUUGUGAACAAUUGGACUUCUUAGUGUGCUUGUUGCGCUUCAUUUAUGUAGAGAUAUUCAUGAUGAAGGCAUUUUCAACACUAAUAGGAAAUGCAUGGGUCUACACUGCGUUUAGUGAGUGUCAUAUUGUUUUACAAACAAACUCCGUGCGUACGUAACUCACCACAAGCCAAAUUUUGCAAAACACAGGCUGAUUAUGUAUUUCAUCAAUGCAAUGUGUAUUGGAAAAUAACACUCCUUUCUGGAUAUUAGCACCUCUUUGAAAGGGCAAGAAUUGUUAUGGCCUGUUUGGUACUAGCCUCUGUUUACACAAUCUCUCGCUGAUUGGGGUUAAUGACCCUCCCCCUAGGGCGGAAAUGAUAAAACCGGCCGCUAGGAGCGCGAUUUUAGUCAGGUUAGUUUGUCUCAACGUGGUAACAAAGGAAUAGUCUAUAUUUUCUUGUCUUUCCCUGUCUGGUAAAGUGAGCCGUAACUUUUAGAUGGAAUGUGACAGGGUUUAUCAGGAUUACGAUAAGAUUUAUACAGUAUUAUCGGUAUCGAGAUGUGAUAAUUAUACUUUUAACAAAACAGGACAUUCUUAAUCAUAUGUAUGAGAUGGGCUAUAAGGCGAACCUGGUAACAAGGUAUUCUGUGCAGCUAUGCAAUCCAUGUACAAACGUAAAGACAGAAAUUAUACUGAAAUUAUUUAAGGGAAUGUCAGACCUUAAAGGUAUAAAUAUUGGUUACUAGAGAGAUAUACGUUUUAUAGAAUAUAAUGAGAUAUGAACUAAUCAUUUCCAGUGUAUGAAUAAAAAAUAUCUG